AGUAACAAUGUGGAGAAAACGUGGCUCGAGCUUGACUACUGAGAUCAUUGUCAUUGAAGCGCAUAGAGCUGUUUUAAGAAUAGUGAGGCGAUGCAUCUUCAUGAUACGGAGCUAAAAGUUAACAAUGAAACAGCUGAGAGGCAUUUUGUCGCGCACACUAAGCGCGUCUCUAAUUGUAGCCCAUGCGCCUUGUGAUGACUUGAGUUCAUUCAUUCAUUAACUUCUGCAGCAGCAGCAGCAGCACACGGCGCCUGCUCAUUGUUUGACUUGUGAAACAACUACAGCCCCCUUCCUCCUCCUCCUCCUCCUCCUCACUGUGUUAUUAUUCCCAACCAUGUGGCUUUAGUCACGACGACAACACCAGCCUAUCGGAAUUUCGGCUCCAGUCAUUAACUCUGUGAAGGCAGCAUCUCACUCAUUGCUCCGUUGGCUGACAGACUCGCCAUUCACCAGCCUCCGCCCGCCCAGCAGCAUUUUAGAGCGGCAUGGCAACGGCGAGGAGACUGGGGGGAGAAGGUGUGGUGGAGGGGUGACAGUCUACCCGGACCAUAGAGAGAGAGCAGCAGCAGUAGCACUAUCUCCACUCCUCACUGACUGAAGAAACGCACCGUGUGCCACCAAUCUGAGCUCACACUCUCUCACACACACACACAUACAUACACUGAUAAAAACGAUGCACCACCGCCGCCGAUCCGCACAGUCGCUGCCGCUGACCAGGUGUUGGACCACAGGACAGGGACGUCGUUAACGUGACAGAAGAUCAAACUUGUAUGUAUGUGCAGUGCGCCCUUGUCCCUGGUCCCGUACACAGACGAUCGAGAAGAUGCUGAGCCGACUGAUGAGCAGCAGCAUCAGGAGUCUGGACAGGGAAUGCAACUGCACUGUGAGGCUGCUGGAUGAUUCGGAGUACACCUGCACAAUUCAGCGGGAUGCCAAAGGACAGUACCUGUUCGACCUCAUCUGCCACCAUCUCAACCUGCUGGAGAAAGACUACUUUGGCAUUAGAUAUGUUGACCCAGACAAACAGAGGCAUUGGUUGGAGUUUACAAAGUCAAUUGCCAAACAAAUGAAAUCCCAGCCUCCAUUCACCAUGUGUUUGCGUGUCAAGUUUUACCCACCGGACCCUGCUGCCCUAAAAGAAGAAAUCACCAGAUAUCUCGUCUUCCUGCAGGUUAAGAGGGAUCUUUACCACGGUCGCCUCCUGUGCAAGACAUCAGAUGCUGCUCUGUUGGCUGCCUACAUAUUACAAGCUGAAAUUGGUGACUAUGACCCCGGGAAACACCCAGAGGGCUACAGCUCCAAGUUCCAGUUUUUUCCCAAGCACUCAGAGAAGUUGGAGCGGCGGAUUGCUGAGAUCCACAAGACUGAGCUGAUAGGUCAAAGCCCUGAAACCUCAGAGCUCAACUUCCUUCAAAAGGCUCAGAUGCUGGAGACGUAUGGUGUGGACCCUCAUCCAUGCAAGGAUGUGUCUGGCAACCCAGCAUUUUUGGCUUUCACUCCUUUUGGAUUCACUGUGCUGCAAGGAAACAGGAGGGUCCAUUUUCUCAAAUGGGAGGAGGUAACCAAACUCAAGUUUGAAGCAAAGACAUUCCAUAUAUAUGCAAAUCAGAAAGAGGAUAAGAAAAUCAUACUGACAUACUUUGCACCUACACCUGAGGCCUGUAAGCAUCUGUGGAAGUGUGGAGUCGAGAAUCAGGCCUUCUACAAGUUGGAGAAGUCGAGUCAAGUCCGCACUGUGUCCAGUAGUAAUCUCUUCUUCAAGGGUAGUCGCUUCAGAUACAGUGGAAAGGUUGCAAAAGAGGUAAUGGAACAAAGUGCCAAAAUUAAGAGAGACCCACCUGAGAUACACAGGGCUGGCAUGGUGCCAAGUAGGAGUUGUCCAUCCAUCACCCAUGGCCCUCGUUUGACCAGUGUGCCCAGGACCCGGCGGAGAGCUGUGCACAUCUCUAUCAUGGAGGGUCUGGAGUCCCUUCGAGACAGCGCCCACUCCACGCCUGUGCGCUCGGUCUCCCAUGGCGACUCCUUCAUGUCCUCUCGGGGCCAUAUGGUGGAUGGCAGCGAGGCAAGCACGUCAGCAGUCAUCUCUGAUGAGGCCUACAGCCCCUCAGAUAGCGUGCUGCCUACGCCUGUGGCCGAGCACGGGAUGGAGAUGCCUUUGGCUCGUCACCUCAACGGUGCUCCCUGCAGCAUCGAUGAGGAGAAGGAGUCAGAGGCAGGUGCAUCGAAGGAGGGGCAGGCGGCGGAUUUCGCUUCUGGCAGGAGAGCAGUGCGUAUGGUCAGGAGCAGGCCGUCACCACAGAGCGACGUAGAGGAGCUGAACAAGUUCAUCCUGAGUGUGUUACGUUUGUUCCUGGUUACCAUCGGACUGCUGUUCGCCCUGCUGCUGCUUCUCAUCAUGCUGACAGAAUCAGACCUUGACAUUGCCUUCCUGAGAGACAUCCGCAAGACACCUGAAUUCCAGCAGUUUCACUUUGAAUACUUCUGCCCUCUGCGGCGCUGGUUCGCCUGUAAGUUACGAUGGAUGGGAGGUUUCCUCAUCAGCAAGUGAGGGUUAGUGAAUGAUGACUGAAUGACACAACACAGGCCUCCAUUGAUGGAGAUGGGACACAUACAGGUCAGGAGAGAGAAAAGUUAAAGGAUGCCAACCCUAAUCCCAAUAUCAACUCAGCUUCUCCCAGGAAGGAGUUCCUGUCACAAGCCACGGACUGUCCCCUGAAGAGCCUUAUUUAUUAUGUUUGCCCAUCAGUGCAAGGAUUACAUUUUACUUUGGAAAUUCAGGUCAUUUCAAGGCAUUUUAUUUUUACACAAGUCACAGAAACGGGGUUUAAUUUAAACACUGAAAGGGUCAAGCAAGUCUGACAGGCUUCACUUGUUCAACCACAGAUAACAGCUGCCUUUAUUUUUGUAUUAAUUUAUAUGUUGCCACAUUAUUGUUAGACGGAAUGACCUGAUGUGUUGGGGUGUGUGCUGUGUGACCUGAGAGUGUGAGUAAAGUUUGAAGAGACGAGGACAUGGGGGUAUCACUCUAGCUCAUCUUAAGUUUCAUAAUUCAACAUGUUACUAUGGUUGCUGCUAUGGGAUUGAAAACUGCUGUUCUGAGUUGGACCAGUAUCUGUGGGUUAGAGAAAGUGUGAAAUGGAAAACCAGGCAACUCUUAGCAGAUCAGCCCUUUGUCAAAUAACAUUUCCAAAUAUUAUAGUUUUACUUGAAUCAAAUUGUCCCGAUGUGAUAUACAACCCAACGUCUGGUAUACUGAAUUUAAACAAAUGUUAAGAGUUGGUUGCAGUAACUAUUUGACAAUGGAGUGAUGUUGGUGCUGUUUGAAGUCUUGAAUGAUUAUUUUCUGUGAUAAGUGUGGUCGCGUGCUCACAUUACCAUUUCUGUCCAGCCACUAGAGCACCAAUAAAGUUUUAUCGUCAGAUGAUUAGGAAUUAAGGAUAAAUUGUAAGGCUAUAAGUAGGUAAUGGAGGUGGUGGUUUUACUGAUUUUAUAACAUAGCAGCCAUGCAAUGCUUCUAGCUACAACCAACUUCUGUGUGUAAGGAGUCACUUUGCCAUAGUUACUUUUACAGUAGGUGUAAAGGCGAUGGCACUAUGUGAGCUAGCCCUGUAGUGAUAUAGUAAAGUGUUUGGUUAGCUCUUUGACUUGAUGUGCAAUACUGUUAAUAUGAAAAACCGUGAUCCUUUCUGUUUAAAGGGAAAUUUGACCUUGUUUUACCUUUGUAAAGUGCAAAAAUUAGCGCUAUUUUCCAACAGUAUAUGUUUAAGAGAGCUUGUUUUUAGUUCAAUGCCCAUGUUGAGUGAAGUUCAUAUAACUUUGUUAAGCCCUGCUGUGUUCAAAGUCCUGCACUCAUCUGUAAAGGCUGAAUUUAUUUGAAGCACAUUUCCACUUUUGUACAAACUGAUGUCUCGUCAACACAUGGAGAUUUCCUCACAGCGACUUUUAAUGGACUUGAAACAUUGUUUUUUUACAGUGGAUAUAUAUAUAUAGUUUUCAGCCUCCUGCUUACAAGAGCACCUACGAUAAGUCAUGUUUACGUCCUACUGCAAUCUUCAUAAUCGCACCUACCAAAGAAACCUCUGUUGUCCGAUGUUUCAGUCAGUCGCGUCAACAGGUGGAAACUCUGAUAGUCUGCUGUCCUUCUCCAGCCUUAUUACGUACAUAUUAAUUCACAGUUUAGCCUGCAGUGCGUCUUUACAGCCCACAGCUAUUAACAGCAUCAUUUAAAACCAGAGUUAGCUAUUGGGCCUCUUAACAAGCCUACAAGUAGUCACAUAGGAAGUGUAUAUGCUGUGUGUUGAUAAUUAUAGGCUGAUCAGCAGCUAUACAACAUUAUACCUAAAAAAGAUUGAAUGUAUGUAUUUAUGCAACAAGAGGAAUGGUUCUGGGGAGUGGUUAGCUGACAGGUUAAAGAUAUGUAGGUGCCUAUAGGCAGUUACUCUAUCAGUAUUCAUCUUUGCUAAAAAAACAAAAGAAAACGGUUGAAAGUUAACAUGAAAACAGUACUUUGAGAAUCCCUUUAGUAAUAAUUAUCUAGGCUUUAAAUGUUAUUUUAUUUUUGUACAGUAUUGACAUUUUCAAAGUCAGAAACCCUCAUUAUAUUUUGUGGUUGGGUUUCAGUUUUGGUAAAUUACUGAUGUACUUGCUUUAACUCAGAUGGUGCUCGGUGGUUUUUGAUUGUGUUAGGUGAAAGGUGAUUGUGUAUGGAACAAAACAAAAAAAAAAAAGUCAGUCAGCCAGUCGUGACAGAAAAUGUACUUUUUACUUCCAAUAAUUUGUACUUAAAGUCUCAUUUUAUGUUCAUGUGUACUCAACAUAAUUUGAGCAAUAAAUAUUACAGAUAAUGUAAUGAGUAUAAAUAACCAUAAACUACAAACUAAUGUUUGUCUUUGUCUGCUAGACAUGCACUAUGUCCUUUGAAUCCCCUCAGAAGGUAAAACAAUCUGUAUGUGCAUGUGUGAAGGGAAUGGUGCCCACUUCUCCUGAUUACUCCACAGUGUCAAAGAUACCUUUACAAAAUGUUCUAUUGUCAAAACAUUUUCAUGUAAAUCUUGUUUGAUUGUUGCCUCAUCCUAGACUGCUCUUCCUUGACUGAAUUUAUAGAAACAGUAAGUUUUCUUGUGAGACUACAUGUAAAUGAACACAUCUGACAGCUGAUCCAUUUUCACUUGACUUUGAACGGGUUUUACCACAGUGAAGGUGGAGCAGUUUGUAUUUUUAGUCCGUUUUAAACAGCAGAAGUAGCAUAUUUAACUACCUGAAUCUUUUUUUUUUUUUUUGCAAUGCAGUUCAGUAUAUUCUUUUCUUUUUUGUAUUGCUAAAAUCUGUUUCAUAUCACUUGAGCUAGCACAGUGAUAAAGAGGGGUGACACUCCAUUGACACUCUUGUACUCGUUUUACUGAAUAAUGUAAACAGGAAUAAGGCCUCAGACGAGGUCUUACUGUAAGCUUCCUUCCUGUACCAUGGAAAUGUCUCUGUAAGCAUGUGUUCUGCAUUUAUUACCUCCAAACAAGACUGCUUCUUUCCAAUCACUGACUGAAGACUGGUGUAAUCUCUUUAUGAAUAAAUAUCAUCUAUUCUUGA